AUGACCGAUAUCUACAGCUCUACUUCAGAUCCAAUUCAAGAUCAAUAUGAUGGUACUGGUAGUGACUUUGACUCCUACCACUUGAAAUCUCCAAAAUCAGAAUCAGAUUCGGCCUCAUUCGAAGCAGACUCAUUAGAAUCUCAUGGGCAAUCAUCAAUACCAAUUUCAAGACCAUUAUCAAGAUCUUCUGUUACUUCAGGUUUAUCUGUGACUGCUACAAAAGAUGGUGUUGAAGGUAAGAGGAUUAAAAGAACAGGAAUCCCAGGCUAUCCUUUGAAUCUAAUCAAUAAGAUGUAUAGCAAUUAUGCUAAGCAACAGCAAAAUCAACAACUACAAGUCGACAACAAUAAAGAGAAUCAGGAUGAUCAAGAUGAUUUCAUGAGUGUUCAGUCGAUUAAGAGUGCCACCAGUUUAAUCCCACAAUAUGAUCCAAGUGAAAGGGAUGAUGAUAGAGGUUCAAUGUUAUCUAGUGAAUAUUACGAAGAGCAAGAUAUGGAGGUUCCUAGAAAUUUUGAUUUAAACUAUGAUGGACAGAUUCAAGGUGAAAAACCAAAUGAAGCUGGUCUUCCUGAUAUAACGAUUGAAAACGAAAGAUAA